AUGAGGCGACUGAGCAUUAAAACAUCGUUAGAUGUAGGGACACAUGCCACGUCAGCAGAAUCAUUGGGCAGUUACCGACCGCCGCAAUCGCCGUGGCACUCGCCGGUGCCGUACCUGUUCGGUGGCCUUGCGGUGAUGCUAGGCCUCAUAGCCUUUGCUUUGCUCAUCCUCGCCUGCUCCUACUGGCACUUGUCCUCCUCCGGUGAAGAUUCCGGCGAAGGAAACGGCGGAGGAGUUGACGACGAGAAAGAGAGUCGGUCCGGUGAGAAGGCGGCGAACGUGGCGUACGAAGAGAAGAUUCUUGUCAUAAUGGCCGGAGAUGACUUGCCGAGGUUUCUGGCGACGCCGGUGGCGAAUAAGUGUAUGUGUGGUCACGAGGGUAAAAUGGUCAUUUCCGAGGAAGAUGUUGGUAGUGGUGGUGCUACAGAGGAGAAGAUGGUAGAGAGAGAGAAAGCAAAAGAAAAUGACGAAGCAACGAGUCACUAA